GGAACCAUAUUAUUGUAGUAAAAUGCUGCGACCGUGUGGCGAUUGUUGCUAUAUAUAGUGUAUGUGAGGAUAACUGUAGCCGUUAGGAGAUAUGUAACUGAUAAAAAUGUCACUGAGACCUGCAUUCCUAUAGGAAUACAGUUUCACUAAAGGCAAGGACCUAAAAAUAAUAAGUUAACCUUGCUCAGCAUCAUUAUCUUCUCUGCUUCUUAGAUCAGAGAUGGCAGCUAAAGAGCAAGCAGACAAGUAAUAAGGCUUCUUGGAGUUUAACCAGAUUUUAGCUUGGAUCUCUGAACUGUCUAUGGUGCUGAAAAUUGGUUGUUCUGGGGAUACGUCACAUGACACCUCAGUCCGUACUGGAGGCUCUCGAAUCCGUUACAGACUCCUGGCAGAGCAACAAGGCAUCAACGUUUCCUUUUUCAAUUAAAACGCUAAUUAUAGGCAUGCUUUGUCUAGGGAUACAAUAUUUUGAUCCCACAUUUGCAAGAACAGUGACAGAUCCAGGAUUUUAGAUAUUUCUUGGAGACCGAACGAGUUCAGUGGAUGGAUAGUUUCUUGCCUAUCAAGUACGCGUCUUUUGGAUCACAUACUGAGAGGAUGUAAGAAUCAAGAAGAUCAUAGCUUCCGAACAAAAAUGCAGAAAGGAAUCCGUCUUAAUGAUGGCCAUGUUACUUAUUUGGGUCUUUUAGCAAAGAAAGAUGGCACGAGGAAAGGAUAUCUGAAUAAAAGAAGCGCAGACAAUACAAAAUGGCACACCAAGUGGUUUGCUUUGCUGCAGAAUAUGUUGUUCUAUUUUGAGAAUGAUUCCAGCUCUAGACCUUCAGGAUUAUACCUGUUGGAAGGCUGUGUUUGUGAAAGGGCACCUUCUCCUAAACCCUGCCUUUCAGCAAAGGAAUCUAUAGAAAAACAGUAUUAUUUCACCGUAAACUUCAACCAUGAAAAUCAAAAAGCACUGGAGCUGAGAACAGAGGAUGUAAAAGACUGUGAUGAGUGGGUGGCAGCCAUUACACAUGCAAGGUACAGUAAAAAGAUUUAG